CCAGCCCGCCCCUCCGCGCCAUGGCCCCGCGCGCCCGGCGGCGCCGCCGCCCGCUGCCCGCGCUGCUCGCGCUCUGCACGCUGCUCGGCCUGCUGCAGGCGACUUUCCAGAUCACUCCCCCAUGUGCCAGUGAGAGGCAUUACGAGCAUCUUGGACGAUGCUGCAGCAAAUGUGAACCGGGAAAAUACAUGUCUUCCAAAUGCACCGCUACCUCUGGAAGCGUCUGUCUGCCCUGUGGCCCAGAUGAAUACCUGGACACCUGGAAUGAGGAAGAUAAAUGCUUGCUACACAAAGUGUGUGAUACAGGCAAGGCCCUGGUGGCGGUGGAGCCCGGCAACCGGACGGCCCCGCGGCGCUGCGCCUGCACGGCCGGGUACCACUGGAGCGAGGACUGCCACUGCUGCCGCCGCAACAGCAAGUGCGCGCCCGGCUUCGGCGCCCGGGAUCCGGUGCAGCUCAACAAAGACACGGUGUGCGAACCCUGCCUCAUGGGCUACUUCUCUGACACCUUUUCCUCCACAGAGAAAUGCAAACCCUGGACCAACUGCACCAUUCUUGGAGAGAAGGAAGCACAUCAUGGGACCAAGAAAUCAGAUGUGGUUUGUAGUUCUUCUCUGCCAUCUGCAAAACCACCAAAUGAACCCCAGACUUACUUGCCCAGUUUAAUUAUCCUGCUCCUCUUCAUCUCUGUGGCGUUAGUUGCUGCCGUCAUCUUUGGUGUUUACUACAGGAGAGAAGGGAAAGCGCUAACAGCUAAUUUGUGGCACUGGGUCAACGAGGCUUGCGGUCGCCUAAGUGGAAAUAAGCAGGAGUCCUCAGGCAACAAUUUUAGCUGCACUCACGUGGAAGCCUCUAGUCAGCGUGAAAUCUGUGAGAGUGUUUUACUGCUGACUCUGGAAGACAAGCGGUUUUCUGAAGAUAUGUGCUGUCCAGACGAUGGUGGUGCCUGUGGAGGGGGUGGUCCCUGUGCCCAGGGAGAAGAUACCGGGAUGCUCACCUUGGUCAGCGAGACUGAGGGGGACCCCUUCAGGCAGGUUCCCAUGGAAGAUGAAUAUAUGGACAGGCCCUCCCAGGUCCCAGACUCUAUACUGUUACUCACUCAGCCUGGAGGCAUCUCCACACCGCCUUUCCCUGAACCCCUGGAGGUGGGGGAGAAUGACAGCUUGAGCCAGUGCUUCACUGGGACAGAGAGCUUGAUGGAUUCUGAAAGCUGCCACUGCGCCCAGCCCCCGUGCAGGACUGAUUGGAUUCCUGCGUCCUCUGAAAAGUACUUGCAAAAAGAAGUGGAGGGUGGCAAUUGCCCCCACUGGGCAGCCAGCUCCAGCUCUGCAGAUGGCUGUGCGGGCUGCGGGAACCCUGCUAGGGAGGACCGGGAACCCCUGAUGGGUUUCCCCCAAAGUGGACCCUUGCCCCAGUGUGCCUACGGCUUGGGCCUUCCACCCGAAGCGGCUGAUGGGGCAGAGACAGGAGGCCAGCCCAUGGACGGGGCUGAUGUAAGGCUUCCCGGCUGGACGAGGGGAGGCCCUGGGUCUGGAAGUCCCUCCAGUGACCAGCCACCUGCAUCUGGAAAUGUGACUGGAAACAGUAACUCCACGUUUAUUUCCAGCGGGCAGGUGAUGAAUUUCAAGGGCGACAUCAUCGUGGUCUACGUCAGUCAGAACUCGCAGGAGGGCCCGGCGGGCACGGGCGGCGGCGCAGGGGAGCCGGUGGGCCGCCCGGUGCAGGAGGAGAGCCCGCCGUGCUGCGACUCCUUUGCCGGCCUCGGGCCGCGCUUCCCGGACACGUGCACCGGCCUCGAGGUGGGCCCGGGGCUGCAGGAGCGCGGCGUCCCCGGGCCUGACAAGGCCUCGCGGCCCGUGCAGGAGCAGGGGGAGGCCGAGGCGGGCGCGCCCGGGGCGCGGCGCUGAGAGGGCGGGGACCCGCUGCGGUUCACCGCGCCCGUCGGAGCCGUGAUGCCGCCGGGCGGGCGCCGACCUGCGGUGCGGACCUUCCUGCCAGCCCUCUGCGCCGCGCACGUCCGGAGCCGCGAUGCCACCCGGCGGCGCCCGCUGCGCACCUGCUCCUGGGCGGGGCCUGGGCUGGGGGUCGGGACGGCGGCCACGAUCUGAGCCUUUAUGCCCCUCCAUUCGGUACAUCUGAGUCCAAUGACCUGGCGUUCUCUAUCCACCUUGCUCUAAAUAGAAUCGGGGACUUUUUUUUUUUUUUAAAGUACAUUUGUUAUUACUACUCACUGACAUCCACAGUCGUGUAUCAGCUAAUUGCACAGAUCCACUUUGCCCUCUUCAGUUGCUCCACUUUCUACCUCCUUUUAUGGUUUUUCUCCUUUCCCUUUCACCUCCGCUCCACUCCAUUAUUAUUUCAUCAAUAUUUUGUCUCUUUAUGACACAUGACGUUAUGCUUGUCCUAUUUUAUUUGGGUCUGUUUUUCCCCCUCCCACAUAUUUGUAUUUGUAUUUCUCUUUCUCUCAUAACAUUUUUCUUGAUACUGGCCCGCUCUCCUUUUUCCCCUUGAAACCUAAGGAUUUUCCUGAAAGUUCUCCUAGAGGUGAUGGUCUUCUUUACAUAUGUUCUUUUGCACCCCUUCUCACAAGUAGAUGCCUAUGUUUUGGUGAUGGCUUGGGAGAGUGAGGGUCUGUACUAAGCACUUUUGGGAAAAGGCUAGAAAUGUGAAGCCUGGGGAGAGGCUCAGGGAACCAGGGGAGGGACUUUUCGUUUUUGAAAAUUUUUCUGAGUUCUCAUUUUUCUAAAGGGUGAAAAAGAGGAAACUCCAUUUUUGCACCUGAAUGUUUAGUUUGUGUCGGUUUCUAGGCAGCUCUAAGUGGUAAUCUGUCGUUGUCCUCCUUUACCCAAUGGUUCAUCCCCACGGGGUGAAUGUAUGUACCCGUUCCAGCAAAGGCAUUCAGGCACUUGUGUCACUAAAUCUCUAAAAAUCCAAGUUGUUGCACUUGGCAUUUUUACUCUUGGUGUUUCCCUGGAAGAGAUGUGGAAAAUGAAGAGGACCAGAGGAUGGCUCACACACAAAGUGAAAAGAAGGGGCCAGGGAAGUUCAGGAAAGAAAGAAUGAAGUUGAAAUGUUAUUAUGCAUUUUUUUCAUUCUAAAUAAAGACAGCAUAAAUGUGUUUAGGCAAGAGGCCUUAUUUUCUUCCUAAGCAAUUGUGUAUCUAUAAUUUAGCCUUGUAGAGGUGGAAAAUAUUCCUGCUAUUUUCCAUGCAUUUAAAUUAAAAACCAAAUCCUUAUAUUGUGAACUUAAGAAAAUUACUCAUAGAGGUGCUUUUCCCUUAGCAUCAGUGCUCUUGUGAGGAAACAUACAGUCUGAGUUAGAUUGAAAGGAAUUACCUGGGAUGUUCUAGCUGUUGUGGCCAGUGAGUGUUUGUUCUCCUCAAAUAUUAAAGUUAAAAUACCUAAGCACGUUAAAAUUAAUUUUGCAGACCUGCUGUUUUUAAGAGUGCUAAUAGUUGUCACUGUCCGGACUUUAAUGGCCACAAAUCAGCUGAAGGGAAUGAUCACUGAUCACUGGUUUCUCCCUGUUGGUUGCCUGUCUCUUGGAAACAAUGGGGUAGUAGCAGUCGAUGAUGAUUUUUAAUGGAGGACCAGAGGUAGCUCUGUAAUUUAUGGGGUUCCUUGGCUGACAUGAAGAACUGCAGGAAAUAACUGCACUGCCAGGAUGACCCACUGGUGGGAAUUUACUGUCUGUGCUGCCCUUUUAGUUAACAUCCAUCCAAAGAGAGAUGCUAAAAAAUGGAAGAAACCGUUAUACCUCUUAAUAUGGAAUAUAUUAAACAAAGUAUAGUUCGCAAAGUAGAAGGCUGAGCUAAAGACCCAAGUUUCUACUGUGACUGUCACUGUCUCGCUGAUACUACUUUGCCUUUCUGUGCUUUCUUUUUUUUUCCCCAUAAAAAGGCACUAAUGAUAAUUUUCGACACUUCCCCUACCUAGAGAUGACAAAAGGAUGCUACAGUGAAUGUUGAAGUAUCUUGAGCUCCUUAAAAGGUGCUAAAUAAAUACAGAAGAAUCUCCUUUCAGAAAAAGGUGGUCUUCUUUCUCAUACUGAUUCCCUACUAAUUCUAGAUUGAUCCAAAGACAAUUAAAUGAUAGGAAAUAUAUAGCAAAUAUAGGUCUGUUGUCUGUGUACUAUAGAGAUGUAUAUGACAAAUGUAAACAGAAUGAAAUGAAGACAAUGAUGAAAAAACUGUUUGGGGGAUGUGGUAAAGAGAUUGUGAAACCUAUAUUUGACCAUAAAAGGUUUUUUUUCCCCCUGACUUGCUUAAACAAAGCUUUUUAUGAAAUGGU